UCAGCAUCAUCCUGUAGAUCACAGCAGACAAAAGAGCAGAGACAGAGAGGCGUUACGUCAGGACCCUGGAAUGCACCUGUGAUACAAAUGUAUCAUUCUCGCAUCACCGUGCAUUCUGACAUCACGACGCAACAUCAGAAUAGUUACAUUUUAAUAGUUUCCAUUUGAGUCAUUUGGAUUUUUCAUUAUUUUAAUCGGGUGCUUUUUGGCUGCCAGCAUAGUAAAGUCACGUUUCAUCUAACGAAUACAGCCUGUUAACGGACGAUUGAAUAUAUUAAAGGUGCAUGUACAGUUUAAAAGUCAAUAUGGUUUCUGGUGAGCGUUUUGUAGACACGCAACCUACAGGUGGUCUGCAAAGUGGGCAGCGCAUCUGCAACGCACGCGUCACCCAUAGCGCUGCUUUCAUGAAUCAUCUCUUUCAUGAAUUGGAUGAUGUAGACCAAAAUGACACUGAAGGAGAUGCUCUGGAUCCUUCUGAAAGUGAAGUCUGGUUAGGUGAUGAAGGCAUGGAGAUAAAGAAACAAAUUACAGGCAUGAUGCGUUUGCUGAGUGAUAAAACAGGACGUGUGUACCAGCGGGUAGGAAGAGAGAGGGAAACACUUAAACAAGAGCCGCAGGAAGAUGCUUUCAGCAUGCCUGUGACCCAGAGCCCGACUCACGAAAAUCCCCAGUACUGGAGUUCUGUUCUGCCUCUGACUCACGGGCAAUACAGCACCCGCUCCAGAACCCAGAGGAUGCUGAACCACUCCAAAACAAAUGACAUGGCCUUGCCCCCUGCGCCUGCUGCCAUGGCAACUGAAUCCAGCUGCUGUAUGUGUAACUGCAAGAGCACCCUGCGGGCGAUUCUGCUGGAGUUACGUACCAUGAGAAAACUGAUCCAGACUCAAAGAGGAGCUCAGGACAAGCAGAGCUGCCAGGUCUCGGUUCCUUUAUCCCGUAACUCCAUCUCCAGGAGUAGGACAAGAAAAAGAAGGCCAGGUCACAUAGUGAGUGUGCUGACCCCGUCCUCCAAAAAAACUCCACCUUUGUCUCCCCCUACUGGGACUGAUGGUGUUAUAGAAUCAGAUCUAAAGGAAAAGCUAUCUAGAGAGGACACACUCUCUACACUGGUGACAUCUAUUCCAGAUCCCUUUCCCAGUUUGCAGACCCUUCCCUCUCGCUAUCAUGUGACUAGAGGCCAGAGGCCAGAGCCGGAGGUGCAGUUGGCUGAGGAUCAUGAUGUUUUUAUCUCUAAAGCACAGUUAGACUCUAUCUUGCUGAACUACACACGCUCCGGCAGCCUGCUCUUUAGGAAACUGGUGUGUGCUUUUUUUGAUGAUGCCACGCUGGCUAACUCGCUGCCCAACGGCAAGAGAAAGAGAGGACUGAAUGACACCAGGAAAGGACUGGAUCAGAACAUUGUAGGGGCCAUUAAAGUGUUCACAGAAAAGUAUUGCACUGCCAACGGAAUUGAGAAGCUUCCAGGCCCCAGAGACUGGGUCCAGAUUCUGCAAGAUCAGAUUAAACUUGCCCGUCGGCGCUUAAAACGGGCAGAGACAGCUUCAGAUGUCAGUGAGAUCCUGCAAAGAACAUGUGCAGACACGACAGAGAAAUGUCCACAAACUCUUGAUAAAGUGGGAACUGUGAUACAAAACGGUGCUGUUUAUGAAAGAACAGAAUGUCUAGUUGCUAUGGACAGUGAAUGAACAGAAAUUGUUAUUAUAAAAAUGCAACCUCCGACCCACCCAAAGGAUUUUAUUUUAUCUGCCUAGACUGUACGACGUAUUGGAUAUCAAUUUGAAAUCACGGUCAGCUUGAAAGUUUGUCUGUGUAAAACCAACAACAUUUCACUGAGCACAGUUAGGGCUUCAGUUGUUCCAUUACAGACGUUUCUCAUUUGAUUGUUUUAAACAUACAGAAGUGUUUGUAUUUUUAUUCUUUGUCCAACCGCUUCACCCACACAUCUCAGCAGAAGAGCUGAUCGAGAAAACAUGACUGUGCCUUUAAUUCACUGCCAUGCCGAGCAACAAACUGAUGUCAUUUCAUGGUUGUGAUUCUUUCUGGUGAAAUAUGUGACAUUUUAAAUAUGAAUAUUAUCUGCAUAUAAUCUUACUAAUGUGUCAUUUGUAAUAUAAUCUGGCAGACUGGCUAUGUAGAAAUGUUACUGUUUGAUUUUCUGUAAGGAUUUGGUGUCUGUUGAAUGUGUACAGAGUGAAUAGUGUCCUAUGUCUCAGUAAAGAGUUUUACCUCAUGCUUAAGUACUGUAACUGUAAAUGAUAAAUGAGUAUUUCCGGUUAAAUACAAGUUAAGCCCUUUAAACAUUUGUGAAAUGGAAAUAUACUCAAACAACCUCAAACACUGAAAAACAAGUCUAAGCUUAUUUUGUUCAGUUAUCUACAGCAUUUUGCAUAUGCUGUCCAUAGCGCUUAACUUGGAUUUAACACAGAGAAAGUAUUUAAAUGCACAGAUUGUCCGUCUGUGGCUCUUUUUACAAUCUCUGUGCUAAAACAGAUCAAGUUUAACUUUAGGUUUAUCAGUGGUAGACUGUUUGAUCUGAGACUCAAAAUAAAUUAUAUGGUUGAGUCUAACAUGGAAGACUUGAGCAAGAGCCUGUGUGUUUACAUUGUUUUCUUGGAGACAAAGGACCUUUAACAUGUAUUUAUUAUUAAUUAUUUAAUAAAUAAAUAUCAAUUAUUCA